AUGUUCCUGCAGAUUGUGUCUGCGCUGUGCAUCGCGGCUCUUCUCUCCGGUUCUCUGGAAGGGAAGGGUGUCCAGAUGCAGAGAGAUGUCCAGUGCUGUAUGCAGUACUCCCAGGGGAAAGUGCGGACCAAGGACGUGCUGAGGUACGAGGUCCAGACGGAGGGGCCGGACUGCAGCAUACGAGCCAUCAUAUUGUACACAAAGAAGGCAGUGAAAUGUGCAGACCCUGGAGACAGGAGAGUGAGGAGGUUACUACGGAAACUGGACCAGAGGCAGAGGGCCAAAGCCCAUAGGACCACAUGGCUCCACCCACACAUGAACCUGCCAAUCAUAUCCGAGUCUUAA